GACGCCGCCGGACGGACUGCCGGACACUGACAGUGCCAGCGUCUGCCGGCCACUCACCCAAAGCCACGCUCACAGUCUCACGUUGUCCACGCCGGACGGCGGGGACGGCGGCUCUCUGCCACAGCCGCGCCUCUCGGACAUGGUCUCCCUGGCCGCCGGGCUGCGGCAUGGCGAGGCCUUGGCGCAGCGGGUGCUGGCCUGCGUGCGCGCUGCCCAGGCCCUCCAGAUGUCCUACCAGGAGCUGGUGCUGACAAAGGAGCCGCUGCUUCUGCUCGUCUCGGUGCUGCGCGGGUCCCCCGGCGCCGGGCGGUACCGACUGGCCGCCGACCUGAUCCUAGGCCUUAGCUUGCCCGACAGUCAGGUCACGGAAGUCCUCCUGGCCCAGGCGAUCGACCAGGUCCAGGCAGGCAGGUCGGAGCUGGAGGAGCUGCUGACGCUGUGUCCGGACCCAGUGCUGCUGGGCAACCGGCUGCUGGCCACGGCCGAGGACCUCGGCACGUUCCCCGAGUCGGACGGAUAUGGGGACGACUGUCAGGUGGGCCUGCUGGUGGCGGCUCACACGGCGCACACGUCUCGCCUGAACCUGCAGGGCAUCAGCUCGGUGCUGACGCGAGCCCGCCUGCUGGUCCGCCGGCUGCUGGUCAAGACCGACUUCCGACUGAUGGUGCGUCUACUAAUGGGCAUCGGUCGCUACGACGAGAUGGCGUACGUGUUCGAGCUGCUGAUCCGCGAGGACCGGCUGGAGCAGCUGCUGACGGCCGGCGUCAGCGACGGCCGGCUGGGUGCCGCCCUGCGCCGCCACCUGAUGCGCCACCACCCGGACGACCUGGCCUGCCUGCGGCUGGUCACCGGGCGCUUCGGCCACUACGCCGAGGCGGCGGCCGACUGGCGCCGCUCGGCCGACGCGCUGCUGCAGCCGCCGCCGCUGGAGCCGGCUGAAACGGCGCGCCAGCUGACCGAGGCGCUGGACGCCUACCGGCACGCCGCCACCUUCUACCGACACGCGGACAUGCUCUCGCAGGCGGACGCCUGUCUGCGGCAGGCGCAGCUGGUGGCGCUUCAGAUCGCCGUCAACUCGGGCGCGCUCAGUCUGCCGAGCGGACCGGCGCUGCUGCUGCGCCGCUCGCGCGAGCAGCUGCACGAGCUGCUGCUGGACGAGCUGCCGUGCCCGGCCGCUCGUCUGGUGCUGGGCGCCUACCCCGACCAGCCCGUCGACUGGUCGCUGCUGCUGCACCGCCAGUACCUGUGCCUGGGUCGUGACCAGUACCUGACCGACUACCUGGCCGCCGAGCGACACAUGGACGAGACGGUGACUGCCGCGCUGCUCAAACGCAUCCGGACAUCGGGCCGUCAGUACGCGCCCGCCCGGCUGCGGGCGCUGGCGCUGGCCACCAAGACGCUGGAGCUGCAGUAUCGCGCCGCCAGCCAGCUCCAGCUGCACGAUGUGCUGGACGAGCUGCUGGACCGCCCCGAGGCCGCCUGGCUCAAGGACACCGUCUGGAAGACGGGCGGCAUGCGGCCCCAUUAGCGGGGCUCAGCGCCCGCCCCUGGACACGGCGGGCCUGUACCACACAGUAUCGCACUGCCCGACAGCGUCAGGAGCGCGGAGGCUCUGAACCAGCGUCAGGAGCGCGGAGGCUCCGUGUCAGCGUCAGGAGCGCGGAGGCUCUGUGCCAGCGUCAGGGGCGCGGCGGCUUUGUACCAGCGUCAGGAGCGCGGAGGCUCUGUACCAGCGUCAGGUGCGCGGUGACUCUGUGCCAGCGUCAGGAGCGAGGCGACUCUGCCAACGUCAGAGCGCGGUGACUCUGCCAGCGUCAGGAACGCGGCGACUCUGCCAGCGUCAGGAGCGCAGAGGCUCUGUACCAGCGUCAGGAGCGAGGCGACUCUGCCAGCGUCAGGAGCGCGGAGGCUCUGUGCCAGCGUCAGGAGCGCGGUGACUCUGCCAGCGUCAGGAACGCGGCGACUCUGCCAGCGUCAGGAGUGUGGUGGCCCUGUGCCAGUGUCAGGAACGCGGCGGAUUGUCGGACUGGGAGAUCGGACUGUCUUUUCAGGUGUACACGAGAUGGUCAUGUUGUGUAGUGUCAUGGCCUAAUCAUUGAUUCGGGAUAAACCUCGUCAGUAUGUCUGCGUUGGUGUCUCAUGUACCAGAUACGUGACAGCGGAAAGGGUAAGUGCGCUCUUCCUGGCGGCAAGGAGCGUAUGUUCACUGGCUUGUUACUGACUUGGUAAUACAACAGU